UUGCAGCAGCAGCAGCAGCAGCAGCAGCAGCAGCAGCAGCAUUGGGUCGGGGAUGAAGUGAUUCACUGCAUGGAGAAAGACAGAACAGAGCAGGAGGAGUUCUGCAUCACUUCCUCUCUCAUCACUUCUUCUGACGCUGGUGUGUUCAUCUGAUUUCUGUCAUCGCUUCUCCUCCUGUCUUCUACCUGAACUUGUUGAUCACUGCUCCUGUCAUGGAUCUCAUCACUGCUUUCAUCAUCUCAGCCGUUUUGUUCGUGAGUGUUGGAUCGGAAGCAACAACAUUUGGGCCAGACACCAGAGACAAUGCUUCGACCACCAGCAUGAGCCCCACAGUUCCUGCAGCCGACACUGCUUCCCCCACCUCCUACUCCAGCAGCCCUGAACCUGUCCUGGGUCUCCUCACCGUCAGUUGGACAACGGAUUGUAAAGGCAUCAUCAGCCUGAUCCUACAUCUACCCUCCCACAGCUCCUCCUUACCUGUGUGUCACAGUCAAAAAAAUAAGAUGGAGACUAUUCUGCAACAUGUUUGUCAGAGCAAGACAGGUUGUUACGGUGUGCCAAGAUUUUACAAUGGAUUCAGAAUGGAAGGUUAUGACAUCACUGAGAAGGGAUCAACCAGAAAAGUUGACUGUGAGACGCUGGUGGUCACAUGCAAAGAAGUUGAGAUGAUACCAGAUGUAAGAGGAGAGCUGAAGGCCUACAAAGUGGUGACUGGUUUGCUCUGUUGUGUGUUGCUGAUCCUUUUACUGAUCCGCUUCACUAGACCCACCAUCAAAGCCCUGCAGAGAAGAUUCUCCGACAGAAGGCAAAACCGCUGGGUUGGACCGACACAGAGUCACAGUGUGUCUUACCAUCGAGGGAAAACUACAGUUAAAAACAAUGAUGGAGACAAGAGACUGUCCUAUCCUGCUCUGGAACUUCUGACCAUCAGUGGCAGCAGGGAAUUUUAAUCCAAGAGAAACAGUACUACAGCUUCAUCAUCAUCAUCAUCAUCAUCAUCAUCAUCAUCAUCAUCAUCAUCAUCAUCAUCAUCAUCAACACAUAUAUUCAUUGUUGAUUAUUGAUUGCACAGUGCCGUGCAAAAGUAUUUGCCCCCCAAGAGAAGUCUUCUAUUUUUGUAUAUUCAUCACACUUAAAUGUUUCAGAUCAUCAAACUAAUUUUAAUGUGAGACAAAGUUGACCCAAGAACACUCAAAAUGCCAUUUUUAAAUUAUGGUUUUAUUUUUUGAAGGAAAAAUGCUGACCAGUCCAUCUUGCCCUAUGUGGAAAAGUAAUUGCCCCCUUAGCUACCAGUCUACCAAAUGACCAAAUUCAUUUGGCACUUUUGUUCAGUUUCACCAGAAACACUCACAUAUGAUCACUGCCAGGCUUACUGAAUCUUAACAUCACUAAAUAGAACCUGUGAAUAGCUAAAGGGUCUCAAAAGCAGGACAUGAUGCCACGUUCUAAAGAGAUUCAAGAACAGAUUUGAAACAAAGUCAUUGACAUUCAUCAAUCUGGAGGGUUCCAAAGCCAUUGCUGAGGCUCUGGGACUCCAGAGAACCAGCGACAUUAUCCACAAAUGGAGAAACAUGGGAACAGUGGAGAACCUUCAGGAGUGGACCCACGACCAACAUUUCUCCAAGAGAACGUCGACAUCUAACCCAGAAGGUCACUAAAGAACCCAGAUGAACAUCAAACAACUACAGGCCUCACUUGCGUCAAUGAAGGUCAGUGUUCAUGACUCCACGAUAACAAAGACACUGGAAGGAAAUGGAUCCAUGGGAGAGUUGCAAGGUGCAAACCACAACUGACCAAAAACAACAUAAAGGUUCGUCUGGUAUUUGAAAAUAAAAUAUCUAGAUGAGCACCAAGACCUUUGGAAUAACAUCCUGUGGACUGAUGGGUCAAAGGUGGAACUCUCUGGAAGACAUCUGGCAUAUCGUUAAUGCUGAAUUCCACCAGAAAAAUGGGAUACCAGCAGUGAAACAUGGUGGUAGUGAGAUGGUUGGAGGACCUGGAGAACUUCUCAUAAAUGAAGAAGCCAGGAAUUCUGCUCUCUAUCAGGAAAUCCUCCUGGAAAAUAUUCACCUUCAGUUCAUGACCUGAAGCUCUACACAAAUGGUUUAUGCAACAUGACAAAGACCCAAAGCACACAAGCAAUUCCACCUCAGAUUGGCUCAAAAAGAACAAAGUUAAGGUUCUGGAGUGGACGAGUUAAAGUCUGGACUUCAGUCUAAUUGUAGCAAGACCUUAAAAGUUGCAGUUCAUACUCUAAAACCAUCUAAUGCGGCCAAAUUAAAACUAUUCUGCAGAGAAGAGUGGACCAGGAUGCCUCCAUGGUGAUAUAAAAGACUGAUCAUAAGCUGGAACAAACAUUUAACUGCAGUUGUUGCUAUAAAGGAACCAACCAGUUAUUAGGUUCAGGGGGACAAUGACUUUUUCACAUGGAUGAUUUAGAUAAUCAAUAAAUCUUCAAUAAACCAUAAUUUAAAAUUGACAUUUUGUGUUUUGUAGGUUAUCUCUGUACAAUAUUCAAUGAAUAUAAAUAAUAGUUUGAUGAUCUGAAAGAUUUAAGUGUGACAAAUAUUCAAAAACAGAAGAUUUCUCUAGGGAGUAAAUACUUUUGCACAGCACUGAAUAUUUUUGUCAAAACAUCAUCUAUGUUUGCCAAGGACUUGUUUACCAAUGUAUUCAUAAUUAUGUAAAAAUGACAUUUCAUUUGUUGCAUCACGUGAAAUCUUUAAAGUCAGAACUUACCAACAAACAACAGAAACUACAGGAGUUUCACAUUUCAACAUUUCAGCUUUUAUUUCCAGCUAUUCACAUCUGGAUCUGAUACACAACUUAGAAGAUAGCACCUUUUAUUUAAACCUACCCAUUUUUUAUGUGAGCAAAAGCAUUAGUCCUGUUAAAUACAGGUGUGUUCUGUUGUCCAGGUGUGUUCUAUUACACUGAUUAUUCAGACAAUAAAUAGUGCUCAGUGUCGACGCUCAGCUUCAGAUUUGGGUUUUGCCUGUGCAGACUGCAUCUAUAGUUAGAGGUGGAACCAACAUGAAAACCAGAGAGCUGUCUAUGGGUGGAAAACAAGCAAUUAUGAAGCUGAGAGAAGAUGGAAAAUCAAUCAGAGCUAUUGCACAUCGGUCAUAGUCAGUAGAACCAUUUGGAACGUCCUGAAGAAGACAGAAACCACUGAUGGACUGAGGAACAGACGGGUAGAACAAGGAAAACAGCAGCAGUUGAUGACAGAAACAUUGUGAGAGCUGUAAAGAAAGAACUGUUCGUGACAUCAGCAACAACCUCCAGAGGGCAGGAGUCAAGGUUUCACAAUCUGCUGUUGGCAAAAGACUUCAUGAACAAAAGUACAGAAGCUACACCAGAAGAUCAAACCACUCAUUAACAAGAAGAACAGGAAAGCCAGGCUGGAAUUAACCAAAAAGUACAGAGAUGAGCCUCAAAACAUCUGAUGAGAUUAAAGUUUGGAGAAAGAAAUGAUCUGCUCAUGAUCCAAGCAUACAAGCUCAUCUGUGAAACACAGUGGAGGUGAUGUCAUGGCUUCGUCUGGGAUGGGCUCAUUAAUCUUCAUUGAUGAUGGAACACAUGAUGGCAGCAGCAAAAUGAACUCAAAAGUCUACAGAAACAUUUAGUCUGACAAUUUACAGAAAGAUGCAAACAAACUGAAGCCUCUGAACCAAGAUAAAGACCCAAAACACGCUGAAAAAACAACAGAGGAGUUCAUCAGGGGCAGGAAGUGGAAGGUUUUAGACUGGACAAGUCAAUCUUCAACCCUAUAGAGGUGCAUUUUACCUGCUAAAGAGGAGACUCGAGGGAAUAAACCCCAAAAACAAACAAUAACCGAAAGAGGCUGCAGUGAAAUCCUGGAAAAGCAUCAGUAAAGAAGAAUGCUAAAGUUUGGUGAUGUCAGUGGGUCACAGGUUUGAUGCGGUUAUUACAACUAAACAUUAAGUCUGAUUCACUUUAUUCUAUUAUAAAUAUAUCCGUUCCAAUACUUUUGCUCACCUAAGAAUCUGGUGUUUUGUUACAAAUAAUGCUAUCUUCCAAGUUGUGUAUCAGAUCCAGAUGUAAACACCUGGAAAUAAAAGCUGAAAUGUUGAUCUCUGGUGUCAUAUUCAUCAUUUGAUGUCAAACCCAAAUGUGUUCCAACACUUUUUAAAUAAAAUGACAACAUUUAUAAGUAGCUUCAUGAAACCCCAAACUUGCUCAGUCUCAUAAAAACAGCUAUGCUAUAUUGUCAAUUACAUUUUGGAAGAAACAUAUUUUUCGCAGAGAGUUCACAGUCUGAUUUAGAACAAAAGCUUUGAGAUGUAUUUGUGGCAAAUCACAGACAGGAGAAAAUGCAUUCCCUCCAAAUCUCAAUGAGAACUGAGUCAAGUUGCUAACAGACAGCAUCAUGUAAACCUGGAAUUGUUGAAUGACUUUUCACUUCUAGCUAUAAGUUUCUAGUUCCCUCUACUUCCAGUCUUUUUGCUCAGCUCGGCUCCAGACAUGAGAUAUCUGUACAUAAAUAAACAGCAACAGUAUUUUUCAACAUGUUGUACCUUUAACCAGAGAGAUAUUCAUUAUCCUUUCUGAGGAUUCAUUAAUAUCAUUCAUUAAUAUCACUGAUGUUGUCAUAUAAUAAUGUUGCUUUAUUGUUCUUGUCAACCAUUUGUGAUCUUAGGUUCAGUAAAAUAAUCCUAACAGUCGUCUUUGACCUGAUUUAUUCUCUUUCAAGCAGGCAAAUGGAAAGUUUAGAAACACAAAGAGAGAGAGAGAGAGAGAGUAGGAGGAGGAGUGGAUGAGAGAUGAAGAUGGUUCUGAAGUGCAAAGAUGUGGUUUCCUUUGCCGUUGACACCAACUUCCUGUUUGUGUUAUUUCUGGUACAACCUGCACGUCAAUCUUCCUCUCUCCUUCUUUUCUCCCUCGUGCUCAUUCACAUCUUGUGUUUCUUUCAGUCUACCUCUCAUUUUUUUAUUCCACUUUGGACUUCUGUUUUCUAUUUUCUGUUCCUUUCUUACUCCCACCUUCUCUUUUUAUCUCCUGUAGUCUCCUGCUCAUCUUUGCACAACAAUUAAUAACUGAGUUUGAACAAAAAGUUGUUUUCAGAAGGAAACGUUUGUAAAAAUGGUGAAGCGGAUGAGGCUGACACACUUUUCUGACAACCCACUGAACACAGACUGGCUUCCAAAGCAGGAAACUGUCCAUAAAACCAGUUUUAUAGCAUGCAGUGGAUUCACAAAGUACUAAAACCCUCUCAGUAGUUCACACUUUACUGUGAUAUGGAUUUCUAAUGGAUACAUUUGUCAUUUUUGUCAUCAAUCUACACUGAUUUUCUUUUCAAACUGAACAAAAAAUCAAAACCUUAAAUUUGUCAUUCAUAAAAGUAUAGAAGUGUGUUGUCACUUCAGAAUGUGGUCAGGUGCGUCUUCCAUCCAUCCGUCCGUCCGUCCAUCCAUCCAUCCAUCCAUUCAUCUUUCUAUCAUCCAUCCAUCCAUCCAUCAUUCAUCCAUCCAUCCAUCCAUCCAUCCAUCCAUCCAACCGUCCGUCCGUCCGUCCGUCCGUCCGUCCAUCCAUUCAUCAUCCAUCCAUCUCUCCAUCCAUCCAUCCUUCCAUCCAUCC